AUCGUGCUUUGUGUUCUCAUUAAAUCUUUUCUUUGACCAGCAUAGUUGGGGAGCCCCAUGACAGCGAAAUGUUUCGUUGUUGUUUUCUUCUUCGGAUAUUAUUUGCAAAAUCAACAAGGCAUAUGGAUUUUGCUUACUACUUUCUUUACUGCGCUCAGGUAAUGUUGAAAAAUUGAUCCCUUUUGGUUGAAUCACUUUGUUUAUUGGAUUUCUUUAUUGGGUUUUCUCUGAGAUCUUGUGUUUGAUAUUUUGCUAUUGUAACCUGAGCUUCUUUUUUUUUUUUUUUUUUGGCCCUUUUGUUUGGGGUCAUUUCUGCCCAAUUUCCUGUUUCUUGAUUUGGGCUCUUCUUGUUGUAUCUUCCUUAAAUCAUCAUCCUUUUCUGUUGUCAUAUAGUUCAAGCUUUUACACUUCUCUCUUCACUCUUUGAGUUGUAGUUAUGAGGAUUGUUGAGAAUAUUAGGAUAGUUAUCUGGGUUUUAUCUAUUCUUUGUUCAUUACGUUUUUCAUUACAAUUUGAACCUCCAGACAAUUAUCUGAUAGAUUGUGGAUCAUCCAGCGAUGUAUCAGUUAAUGAUCGUAAAUUUGUAGCUGAUGGUUUUAAUUCCAGUUUUCUUGAAACCCCAAACGAUAUCUCUGUCAAAAACAGAAGUUCAAUUGCCAUAUCGUCUACCUUUGGUUCAGCUCUAUUUGAAACUGCUCGGAUAUUUAAUGAAACCUCUGAUUAUACUUUUCCUAUCAGAAAGCCCGGGCGACAUUGGAUUCGCCUCUAUUUCUACCCUCUUGUGAACAAGAAUUACAAUUUGAGCAUGGCAAAAUUCUCUGUGUCUGCUCAAGGUUUUACCCUUCUCAAAGAUCACCAAAUACAGAAUGAUACCCUUGUCAAGGAAUACUCUGUGAACAUAAGUUCUAAUAGUCUAGUUCUCACUUUUACCCCUUCCGCCAAUUCAUCUGCUUUCAUAAAUGCAUUAGAAGUAGUUUCGCAACCGGAUCAUCUUCUUCCUAAAGAGGCCAGAACCAUUGGCUCACAGGGAAGAUACCGAAAUUUGCAGAAGCAAGCAUUAGAGACGGUUGAGAGGGUGAAUAUGGGUAAUGUAGCUGUGCCUCCUCAAAAUGAUAUCCUUGGGCGACUCUGGGUCUCUGAUGGUUCAUAUCUUGCACAUAAUAGUUCUGUAAUGUUUGUGUCAAAGGAAGAUGCUGUGGAUUUCACAACGGGAUCAUCAAAAGAGAUUGCUCCCUCUUCUGUUUAUGGCACUGCAACGGCAUUGAACACAACCGAAGGUUCCACGAUUAAUGUCAAUAUUACAUGGAAUUUUGAUGUUAAUCCUGGUUUUGAGUAUCUUAUUAGGUUUCAUUUCUGUGACAUAGUGAGUAGCUCUACUCAAAAUCGUCUCUCCAAGGUCUAUGUUAAUUCCUGGUCUGUUUCUAGGAACUUUGAUCUUAGCAAUCAAACAUUAAACAGUUUUGGCACCCCCUACUUUAUAGAUGUUGUUGAGAUGGUAAGCAAUAAUCCUCAGCUAAAAGUAAGUAUUGGUCCUUUUAGUGCCGAUGAACAAUUUCCGUUGGUGUUUCUUAAUGGGCUGGAGAUCAUGAAAGUUAGUGAUUCUAGAGGUGGCCUUGAUGUGUCUGACUCCUUCAAGAGCAGUAGCAAGACAAAAAUUGCGGUUAUUGUGGGCUUGUCUGCAGGACUAUUUAUUGCUGUCGUUUUGGCUAUGCUUAUCUUUAUUGUAUGCAGAAGAAGAAGAAAACUAGCACUUGUUGGGCACUCAAAGACAGAGGACGUCGCUGUGAUCGGGAUGGAAAAUAACCAUGUCAAUAGGACUGGCAUUUCUGGCUUGAAAACUGGGUACCGCUUCCCUCUUUCAGUAAUUCAAAAGGCUACUGAUAAUUUUAGUGAAAACUUGGUUAUAGGGGUAGGUGGUUUUGGGAAAGUUUAUGAGGGUGUUUUGAGUGACAAUACCAAAGUGGCUGUUAAGAGGGGAGUUUCUGAAUCAAAUCAAGGUCUCAGAGAAUUUUGGACUGAAAUUGAAAUGUUAUCUCAAUUUCGCCACCGCCAUUUAGUAUCAUUGAUUGGGUACUGUGAUGAGCAAAAUGAAAUGAUCAUAAUUUACGAGUUCAUGGAAAAUGGGACCGUUAAGAACCAUCUCUAUGGCUCAGAUGUUCCAACCUUGAGUUGGAGACAGAGGCUUGAGAUAUGCAUUGGAUCUGCUAGAGGACUUCACUAUCUUCAUACGGGCUCUACAAAGGCUAUUAUUCACCGGGAUGUGAAGUCUGCAAACAUUCUACUAGAUGAGAAUUUCAUGGCCAAGGUUGCUGAUUUUGGGCUUUCAAAGACUGGUCCGGAGAUCGAUAAGACACAUGUCAGUACAGCAGUGAAAGGAAGCUUUGGUUAUCUUGAUCCAGAGUAUUUGACAAGGCAGCAGCUUACAGAAAAAUCAGAUGUCUACUCCUUUGGCGUGGUCAUGUAUGAGAUCCUUUGCGGAAGACCAGUUAUUGAUCCAUCCCUUCCGAGGGAAAAAGUGAAUUUGGUAGAUUGGGCAAUGAAGUGGCAGAGGAGAGGGCAACUGGAGGAAGUUGUUGACCCUCGCAUUGCAGAUCAAAUAAAGCCGGAUUCAUUGAAAAAGUUUGGAGAAAUAGCCGAAAAAUGUUUGGCGGAAAACAGUGUUUUCCGACCUACAAUGGGAGAUGUGUUAUGGAAUUUGGAAUAUGUUCUUCAACUCCAGGGAGUCGAUAAAAGACGUAGCCGAAAUGAUGAACUAUCUUCACCAGUUGACCAUCUAGAGACCGGCGAAUCAACUGCAGAAUUCAGCAUGGGAAGUAUGGGGGACAUUGCAGGUGUUUCUAUGAGUAAGGUUUUUGCCCAAAUGAUGAAAGAGGAAAUAAGUUAGAUUACACAAAUGCUGUCAGCUCAACCUGCAAUUUCUUAUUUUUGGUACUGUUUAAUAUUGUGCUAAGAAAAAAUGGGUACUCAACAUUGUACAGAAUGGGUGAUUGUUCAUGUGAGUUUUUACAUAUAUUUUUAGAUGUGAAGGCAUUAGAAACUGGUGCAAGUUUCUUUUAAAUCCUCCAAGAAAAGUCAUACUGCUUAUGUACAAGCCUUUUUUGUGGUUUUUCUCCAUUUCAGUUUUGUUAAUUGAGGCUUUCUAUUUCUUA